UCCCUGGCGCCGAACCCCAGCCCAGCUGCUGGCUCUCCUGAACGAGGUGAUGCCACCGUCUUCCAAACAGUUCAUCUCUCCCGCCAUCCAGUCACCACUCGGUGGAUUUUACCAUCACCGCACGGGGGUCAGCUCCCGAUGUCAGGCCCCCUGAGAUGCUGCAGCAGCUUCCCAAUUCCAGGCCUGGCCUCUUCCCAGCGACCUUCUACAAAGCCACCGGCCGCAUCUCCCUGAAGCCUGGCUUGGCUUGCAUUUCUCCCUCCCCGGUGAAGGCAUCCGUGGUUUCCUGUUCCCGCUGACCCCGAGGCCUAGAAUUCAUAGUCCUUCGUCAGGACGGAAGCACGCCUCUCCAGCCUGGCCUCCCAGGUCUCCCUCUGUGCAUCUGCAUCCUGCUCUUGUCCCGUGGCAAGCCCAAGCUUUCCCAGCCCCACGUCUCACAGGUCUACCAGCCCUGUAGGGCCCUGCUCCUGUGCCAUCUCAGCCCUGCCACCCUCGCAGGAUCCCCAGAGGUACCGCCACUUAGAUGCGUGAUGCACCAGGCUCAUCCCCCCCCUCGGAUGGCUGGGCUGAGGUUUCAGAGGCGUUCCGAGCUCCUGUGGAGACUUGCUUCUCUCCAGCCUUGGGCUCUCUGCACUCUUGGACAUCUCAGGGCCCAGAAGAAAAAGAAGAAAGCCAACCAGUUCUGGGAGCAGCCUGGGUGAAGAGAGGAAAACUGAGGCGUGUUAACAGAAGAAGCGGGGAAGGGAUGCUAGAGAUUAAAGAUUGCCGCUGCUGUGGUGUUCAUUUGCAGCCUUUGGUGUGGAUUGAUCACUGUGGUCAAGGAGAGGGCUGGAAGGUAUAUUCAAGGCCUGCUUGCACGGGCGUGACCAAGACCAUUCUCAGCAAAAUGAAAAAUCAAGAUUCCUCUCCAGUGGCUUGUGACACUGCUUCAGGAAGACUUCCCCAACACCUGAAGAAUUUCUGUGUUCCUUUUCCCAGUCUGGGAUGUCUACUUACCAUAUUGCCAGCUUCUGGACCUGUUGUAUCUGGGAUGCAGGCUGAAUCAAAGCUACACCCACCCUCCUGCUCUGGGUUGCUCAGAAAUUCCAAGAAAUUCCAAGUUUCCUGCUGCCUCACUGGCUGGAACAGAGUGGAAUGCACCACUGCUGAUAACAACAGAAGAGGCCCCAAACCACAGAGGCAGGCAGCCCCGGGGACAAAUCCUUGUUCCACCGCUUCACGCUGAAAGAUAUUGUACAAGUUACUUAGCUUUCAUCAUAGGUCAGAUUUCCUGGGAAAGAGAGUCUAGGUCUCUGAGGGUUGUGUGGAGGAGGCUGACUGGGGAGUGAGCUCAGAAACAACAACAACACGGGGAGGGAUGCAGGACUGGGCAGAGGGAGAAGCUGUACCAUGAUACAGUUUCAAUGGAGACCUCCAGCAAUCCCACAGGGAGCUGGGAUGGCCCUUCAGAGUUGUCCCAGCUGAGGACAAAUGGUUAGGCUUUUGUACUUCCAUGUUGGCCAGUCAUAGAUGCAGGCUGCCUUCUGAGAAAUGGUCUGAGAUGAAAGCUCUCUUUGACUGAGUCUUGGAGCAGCAGCUAGAGGUCCUGGUAGUAGGCGGAAUGAGUGCCUACAUCCUGAGGUGUAUCUGGGCAGCCCACCGUACCUGUGCCUACAUGUUCAAUAUAUCAGAGAUCAAGGAAGUCUCCUUGGCCAGUCUACCUGAAAUUGCAACCCCUUAAUCUCAUAUCCCCUGUACCCCAUCUUACUUUUAUCCAUGGUAUUUAUCAUGAACUGACAUAACAUUUUUUUAAAGAUUUUUUUGAUUGGACCAUUUUUAAAGUCUUUAUUGAAUUUGUUACAAUAUUGUUUCUGUUUUAUGUUUUGGUUUUUUUGGUCACGAGGCAUGUGGGAUCUUAGCUCCCCGACCAGGGAUCAAACCCGAACUCCCUGCAUUGGAAGGUGUAGUCUUAACCACUGGACCGCCAGGGAAGCCCUGAACUGACAUCCUGUAUAAGAAUUCGUCUAUUGUCUUUCUGGAAAUGCUCUAGAACACACUCCAAGCUACUUGAGGGCAGGGAUUUUGUUUUACUCAUGACUAUAUGCCCAGUUCCUAAAACAGGGAGUGGCACAGAUUGAACACUCAAUAAAUAUGUGUUAAUUGAGUGGAAUAAAUGAAUGAAUAAAUAUAA